GGAUGGGUUGGGUGGUUGAACUGUUGAUAGUAAAUAUUAUCCCAUAAUGGGAGAAUUCCACCAUUCCCUUACUGUCGUUUUAUUUCAUCAGAUAAGCAGCGAUCCAGAUUUCUCUCCAAAUAAUCUAACCGUCUUUGAUAUUUAUUUAGACGUAAACUAAAUUCAAAACAAAAAUGUUAUGCCGAUGCUGCUGCUGCUUUACCCUCCGGAAUCUGCGAUUGGCUAAGCAUUUAGAGUUAGGGAUUUUUUUGCUAUUACCAAUUAACAAUAUCCUCCGCACUUUCUGGGAAUUCCAGUACUAAUAACUAUAUCUUUAUCAAUACCAAUAUCGCUCUCCCGUUUCUUCUUCUUCUAGUUUGAGAGUUCAAAAGUGAAUAAAAUUAUUUGUAAAGAUUUCGCUGUGAUUCUGAGUUUUGGCGCUUCUAGGUGGUCCGCUGCCUCCUUUUAAGGUGAUUGUGCCGCUGUUUUAUGCGGGUUAGCCUUCUCCCUUGCGACAGUUGUUCUCUCUGUUUUUCUGCUGAACUAGGAUCUCCAUCAGCAAUAUGAGCGGCUUUUCUUCCGGCGAUGGUCGCCUCCAAGACUUGGAGGCCGGCCCUUCUAAGGACAAUAAUGACCUCAACACUAACCUUGACCCUGAUGCUGACACCUCUGAUCCCUUCGACAUUGAUCAAACCAAGAAUGCUACCCCCCAGACCCUCAAGCGCUGGAGGCAAGCGGCACUUGUGCUGAACGCUUCUCGUCGAUUUCGGUAUACUCUGGACCUAAGAAAACAAGAAGAAAAAGAGCAAAGAAAGAGGAUGAUUAGAGCUCAUGCACAAGUCAUAAGAGCAGCAUUGCUUUUCAAAUUGGCUGGGGAAAAGGGAAUUGUGUCAGGUACCCCAGUUACACUGCCAGGUGCUGCUGGUGAUUUUGCAGUUGGACUAGAACGACUUGCUUUGAUGACCCGGGAUCAUAAAUUAUCUGCUCUUCAACAAUAUGGUGGGGUUAAGGGGUUGUCUGAUCUGUUGAAAACAAAUUUAGAGACGGGAAUUUACGGGGAUGAGGUUGAUUUGUUAAACCGCAAGACUGCAUUUGGAUCAAAUACAUAUCCACGGAAAAAGGGACGGAGUUUCUGGAGGUUCCUUUGGGAGGCAUGGCAAGAUUUAACCCUUAUCAUAUUGAUUGUAGCUGCUUCUGUGUCUUUGGGGUUGGGAAUAAAGACAGAGGGUUUGAAAGAAGGAUGGUAUGACGGGGGUAGCAUUUUCUUAGCUGUUUUGCUUGUUAUAGUUGUUACAGCUACUAGUGAUUAUCGUCAAUCUCUUCAGUUUCAAAAUCUUAAUGAGGAAAAGCGAAACAUCCAAUUAGAGGUUGUGAGAGGUGGUAGAAUUGUGAAGGUUUCAAUAUAUGAUGUUGUUGUUGGUGAUGUUGUGCCUUUGAAAAUAGGUGAUCAGGUCCCGGCUGAUGGAGUCUUAGUUAACGGCCAUUCUCUAGCGAUUGAUGAAUCUAGCAUGACUGGAGAAAGCAAGAUUGUUUAUAAGGAUAAAAAUGAACCAUUUUUGAUGUCUGGCUGCAAAGUAGCAGAUGGUGUAGGUACCAUGCUGGUGACCGGUGUUGGAAUCAAUACUGAGUGGGGAUUGUUAAUGGCCAGUAUCUCAGAGGACACUGGUGAAGAGACCCCCUUGCAGGUACGCCUGAAUGGAGUUGCAACUUUUAUAGGCAUAGUUGGGCUUUCUGUAGCUGUUUCUGUGCUUGUUGUUCUUUUGGCAAGAUACUUCACUGGACAUACAGAAGAUCCAGAUGGAACUAAACAAUUCAUCAAAGGGCGCACUAAUUUUGAUGAUGCAUUUAAUGAUGUUGUUAAAAUUUUUACAAUUGCAGUUACAAUUGUCGUUGUUGCUGUGCCUGAAGGGCUCCCUUUGGCUGUUACCUUGACUUUGGCAUACUCAAUGCGAAAGAUGAUGGCAGAUAAAGCUUUGGUGCGUCGGCUUUCAGCAUGUGAAACCAUGGGCUCCGCAACAACAAUUUGCAGUGAUAAGACUGGAACAUUGACUUUGAAUGAGAUGACUGUUGUUGAAGCUUUUGUUGGGAAAAAGAAGAUAAAUCCACCUUCUGAUUCUUCCCAGCUGCCUGCAUCAGUUGUAUCUCUAUUGAACGAAGGAGUUGCACAGAAUAGCACUGGGAAUGUUUUUGUGCCAAAGGAUGGGGGCAAUAUUGAGAUUUCUGGAUCUCCCACAGAAAAGGCUAUACUUUCUUGGGCUGUAAAGCUUGGAAUGAAAUUUGAUAUUAUCCGAUCAGAUUCCAAAAUCCUUCAUGUCUUCCCUUUCAACUCAGAGAAAAAGCGAGGAGGUGUUGCAUUACAAGGGGCUGAUUCUGAAGUUCGCAUACAUUGGAAGGGAGCAGCUGAGAUAGUUUUAACCUCAUGUUCUGGGUACAUUGAUUCAAAUGGUUGCCUGCAGUCCAUCAACGAAGACAAGGAAUUUUUUAAGGCUGCUAUUGAUGAGAUGGCUGUAAAUAGCUUGCGUUGUGUAGCCCUUGCAUAUAGAUUAUGUGAAAAGGAAAAAGUUCCCACUGAUGAAGAGGGCUUUAAUGGAUGGAUCUUACCUGAAGAUAACCUCGUUUUACUUGCUAUUGUGGGUAUAAAGGAUCCUUGUCGUCCAGGUGUCAAAGAUGCUGUGAAAAUAUGCAUGGAUGCUGGUGUUAAGGUACGUAUGGUCACUGGAGAUAAUAUCCAAACAGCAAAAGCAAUAGCUUUAGAGUGUGGAAUACUCAGUUCUGCUGAAGAUGCUACUGAGCCUACCAUUAUUGAAGGAAGGGUUUUCCGAGAGUUAUCUGAUAAAGAAAGAGAACAAAUUGCCAAGAAAAUAACGGUAAUGGGGAGAUCUUCUCCAAGCGACAAGCUUUUGCUUGUUCAAGCCUUACGUAAGGGAGGGGAUGUUGUGGCCGUGACUGGAGAUGGUACUAAUGAUGCUCCUGCACUUCAUGAGGCAGAUAUAGGUCUGUCUAUGGGUAUUCAGGGGACUGAAGUUGCAAAAGAAAGUUCAGAUAUCAUUAUAUUGGAUGAUAAUUUUGCUUCAGUUGUGAAGGUUGUUCGCUGGGGUCGUUCUGUCUAUGCCAAUAUUCAGAAGUUUAUACAAUUCCAGCUUACAGUUAAUGUUGCAGCUCUUGUAAUCAAUGUUGUGGCAGCGAUAUCCUCCGGUGAUGUUCCUUUAAAUUCAGUGCAGUUACUAUGGGUUAACCUGAUCAUGGAUACUCUUGGAGCACUUGCAUUGGCUACUGAACCACCAACAGACAACCUUAUGCAUAGGUCACCAGUUGGCCGAAGGGAACCUCUAAUUACAAACAUCAUGUGGAGGAACUUACUCCUACAGGCUUCGUAUCAAGUUACUGUCCUCCUUGUGCUCAACUUCAUGGGCUUGACCAUUCUUCAUUUGAAGGAUGACCAUGACAGGGAACAUGCUUAUGACGUGAAGAAUACUUUGAUAUUCAAUGCAUUUGUCAUGUGUCAGAUAUUCAAUGAGUUUAAUGCUAGAAAGCCGGAAGAAAUCAACUGCUUCAAAGGAGUGACUAAAAACUACCUCUUUAUGGGAAUAAUUGGAUUUACAUUUGUUCUUCAGAUAAUCAUAAUUGAGUUCCUUGGAAAGUUUACCAAAACGGUUAGACUUAAUUGGAAGCUAUGGCUUGUAUCCCUUGGCAUUGGCAUCAUCAGCUGGCCUCUGGCAAUUGUUGGAAAGCUGAUUCCGGUUCCUAAGACUCCUGUCUCUGGGUACUUCACCAAGGCAUUUCGACGAUGCAGGACAGAUCGAAAUGCAUGAACAUGUUUUUGUCUAUUUGUUCCCCACAAAAGAAUAAUAGUAUAUUAAUAAUUAGACUUGUAAAGCUUUUGCAGUUUUUAUGAUGUAUAUAAGAUUAGGGUUGUGAAAGCCCCAAGGCAGUGGCAGUGAAUUAUGAAACAGUCGCUCGCCUCUGUGAGCUUAAGCCAAUCAUUUUUAAAAUGUUCAUUUAGUGAUUUCGGUUUUUAUCUUACAA